CCCGUUUGCAGUCGCCAUUUUCGUUUUAUUAGAGCAGGCCAUUGUGAGAAGGGUGAAAAACUCAAAGGAUCCUGACGAUUCCGGAGCAACGUGAAGCCAGCAGAACUACAGCCUCGUAAAAGGAAAUAUUUUAUUAUAUUAUAAUAUCUUAAAAUAAUAUUAUAAUCGAGCCGUACGUCACUAUAAAAUCAAUCACUUCAUUAUAUCAUAUAUCGUGGACGUCUGCUAAUGCGUGGCAUUUCAGAAAACUCUCCAAGUCGUACAAUGGCGGAGGACUUGGAUGUUGAGGCGAUGCUGGAGGCACCUUAUAAAAAAGGGAUGGUACGUAACAUGUACCCUCGCGCUCGUACGAUGUUCUACAGCGAGUUCCUCAAAUGCACUUGAAAUACGAGGACCAGGAUACCUCCUCAUCCAAAGACAAGUCCAAGGAAAAUGGGUCCAGCCGAAAAUCAUCUGGAAAAAGUAAACAUCGAUCACGAUCGCGUUCUCGCUCACGGGAUCGACGAGAUCGUCGUGACCGUGAGCGAGACAGGGACAGGGAUCGUGACAGAGACCAUCGAGAUCGUGACCGCGAUCGAGAUAGGAAAAGGAGAUCCCGUUCUCGCGAUAAACGAGACCGAGAUAGGGAUGAUAAGGAUCGUGAUAGACGAGACAGAGAUCGAGAUCGUGAGAGAAGAAGAAAACGCUCUCUAACACCAAUCACAUUACCAAGAGCUCGGCCAUUUGGAAAGGGAGUUAGUCCACUUGGAAUGAGAAAUGAUGAAUUGACUCCAGAAGAGCGUGAUGCCCGUACAGUAUUUUGCAUGCAAUUGAGUCAACGCAUUAGAGCAAGAGAUUUGGAAGAAUUUUUUUCAAGUGUAGGAAAAGUACAAGAUGUGAGACUUAUAACAUGCAACAAAACAAGACGUUUCAAAGGAAUUGCUUAUGUAGAGUUUAAAGAUCCAGAAAGUGUUACAUUAGCUUUAGGUUUAUCAGGUCAAAAACUAUUGGGAGUUCCAAUUGUUGUACAACAUACUCAAGCUGAGAAAAAUCGAAUGGGUAAUUCUAUGCCCAAUUUAAUGCCUAAAGGACAAACUGGACCAAUGAGGUUAUAUGUUGGAUCUCUUCAUUUUAAUAUUACUGAAGAUAUGCUUCGUGGUAUCUUUGAACCUUUUGGAAAAAUAGACAAUAUUCAAUUAAUAAUGGAUCCUGAAACGGGUAGAAGCAAAGGAUACGGAUUUUUAACUUUUAGAAAUGCAGAUGAUGCUAAAAAAGCACUGGAACAACUUAAUGGUUUUGAACUUGCUGGAAGACCUAUGAAAGUCGGAAAUGUUACAGAACGAACUGAUCUUAUUCAAGGACCAUCAUUACUUGAUACAGAUGAAUUAGAUCGUAGUGGAAUUGAUCUUGGUGCUACUGGAAGGCUACAAUUAAUGUUCAAACUUGCAGAAGGAACGGGAUUAGAAAUUCCUCAAGCUGCAGCUAAUGCUUUAAAUAUGGCACCGGUGAUGAAUACACCCCAACAAGCACAACAAACGACACCACCAAUUGCUACACAAUGUUUUAUGUUAUCCAAUAUGUUUGAUCCACAGAAUGAAUCCAAUACAUCAUGGGCAAGAGAAAUUCGGGAUGAUGUAAUUGAAGAAUGCAACAAACAUGGUGGUGUACUCCAUGUGUAUGUUGAUCAAGCCUCACCACAAGGCAAUGUUUAUGUCAAAUGUCCAUCAAUUGCUACUGCAGUUGCAGCUAUAAAUUCUUUACAUGGACGAUGGUUUGCUGGACGUGUUAUCACAGCGGCGUAUGUACCGCUUGUUAAUUACCAUUCGUUAUUCCCAGAUGCAAUGACAGCACUUCAAUUGCUGGCUCCUAGUGCACCAAGAAGAGGAAUUUGAUCCUAAUAAUUGGAAAUAUAACUUUUUUAUGAGCUCACUAUAGCUAUUUAAGAUACGAUAGUAGAUGGAUUAUUGAAUAUUACGAUACCUUAUAUAAAUAGUAAAUUACAAAAAUUUUGUUCAUCUAUACAUAAGUCGUACAAUAUUCACAUGGAUUUUAUUGUUCGAAUUAUACUGAUUAUCAAUAAAAAACUUGUUAUUUUGAAUGGCUUGUGUAUGACUAACUGUGAUUUUCAUUUUUUAGAUAUUAACAUGAUUUAUGCUAAAAUUUCAGAUAAAGAGCUACAAUCAAUGACAAAACUAAACAAAGAACUAUGAAAAGUAAAAAUGUGAAUAAGAGAAUUUCACUGAAUUAUUUGUGUACAAAAAAUGAAAAAACUUGUAGUAUGUAUUUUUCUUUACAUAUAUUUUUCGUAGAUAACAUCAAUAUUUGAAUUCAUUCCAAAUUAAAAUAUAAAUAAAAUUUGUACAUAACAAUUGUAAAUUAAAAUCAAUAUAAC